AUGGCCGUCCGUUGGACUCAAGUUUUCAUUGGCUACAAAUACAUCACAUGCCAAGAGGAGAUAUGGACAGCUCAAGCCAUCACCAUCAGAGGCUAUGAUAUGGACGUCUCAGAACUUGGUGGAUGGAAUCUUGACAUUCAUCAUCGCUAUAACUUUCAUGAAGGAGUGCUACAAAAUGGUGACGGUUCCACAAUCCAUUUCCGCCAACAGCCAAGAGUCAUAUCUGUUCUGAUGGGUGCUGGACAGCAGCGCCCUCUACUCUGUCCAGAAUGUAAUGGUAUGGCUCGGGAAAACAAACUGUUAGCACCAGUAGCAUUGACAAGUGGGCCAGAUGGAAGUGUCUACGUGGGAGACUUUAACCUUGUUCGACGCAUAACUCCACUGGGACAGGUGUACACAGUGCUUCGCAUGAG